AUGCAGAAGCUUACAUUAGAAAAUUACUUCAAUGUCUGGAAAGAUCCCGAUGAUGAUGAGCGCAUGAUUCUGGCAUUUGUGGAUGAGGAGACACGAGAAGGCAGAGCUAUGAAGAAUCUUCUUGACAAAAUUGCUGAUGAGAACUCGGAACAUGCCGGCACACUAGAGAUCGUAUUGAUUGACCCUGAUGAGUUCCCACUUAUGGUCGAUGUUUGGGAGGAUAUGUUCGGAAUCGACAUCGAAGAAGGUCCUCAGAUCGGACUUGUCGACAUAUCCGACGUGAGUUACUUGCUACUUCGUUCUUUGCUGUGUCAAUGCGUUUCUACAGGGGGGAGAAAAUUUGUAGCAAAAUUGAGCAAUAAAACACCCGCAACAUAUCAAUAACU